UUCAGACAAACCAUAAAAGUUCUUAAGCACGACAAAAGGGAACUCGAACAAAGGAUCGAAUCAUUUCUACGUGUUGACUAAUACGAAUUAAAUUUACGUGUUACUUGGAUUCUUCAAUUCGAAAUUCCAAUUUAAUAAAUGGUUUUACUUUUAUUUUCUCCGCGGUUUCUGUAAAAAAUGUAUUCAUUGUCAGCGUUGUUGAGCAUUAUUCAAAUUUCUAUCCUAGUUCAUGUUUUUUGUACGUGCGACUUUUCGAGUCAAACUGAGCAUGUGAGGCUCAUUGUCACUUUACUUCAUCGAAGAUCUUUAUUUGGAAAGCGACAACUUUCUAGCUUGGCCAAUUGCUCUGGUAUGCUGCGGUUUUUGCUCAUUGUCUACUUGUUGGUGGAGUGUUUAUCAAGAAAAGUUUCAGAAUCUUUGGUAAUAACUGUUCUUUAA